AUGGGUUCUGGAAAAGGCCCUGGCUUCCCAGACGACCAGAAGGCAUGGAUCAAGAAGAGAAUCCCAGAUUAUCUCACAAAAACUGCAGUUGGGAAGAAGAGUGUUGUUGGCCAGCCACUUCCGAAAGAUGACCCUGACCUCAAAGAAUGGGUCAAGGAGCGUCUUCAAGAGUUUGAACAGCAGUUUGCGGAUAACUUGAAAGCGGACAUCGAUGCGGGGAAGACAACGGCUGCCAUUGCUCGUACCAACUUCAGUACCUAUUUUCGUAACCAGAAACACCGCCAGAAGGUGAAGGUCGACAAGGCCACCGCCAAGCAAGUUCAGAAGUACCUGCCCCAAGGAACCGUCACGGCGCAUGCUGUCACACCGUCUGACGACGAGAGUGACUCGGACUCGACCACUACUCCUUCACUGCCCACAGCCAAAGAUGUCGACGAACUUUGGUCUACGGUUUUCAAGCGUACUCAACUUACUGGCUGCUACCUCCACGAUCGCGAGCAUGCUGACCAAGUCAAUGCCGAAGUCAACAAAGUCCGCAAGGCAACCGACACCAGUCAUCACAAGCACGCUGGAAUGUGGCAAACACGCAUGAAGGAGUUAUGGGAGGGUCUUGACGAGGAUGAACAAGCAGACUGGGAGGAAAAGGCAGCAACACUUAGGGCAGCUCAGAAGGAGGGGCAAAUAUACCGAAAUCAAGCCCUCCUUUAUGAGACUGUCGCCGCAUUACUUACCAGCCUUGUUGGUACUUCGGAGGAUGGAAAGUACACGAUUGGAAAUGCACGCUUCCAUCUCCUGUACACAUAUCGUGAUUGCAAUGAAGUGCUCAAAACUGGCUGUGUCAACGCAUACAAGGGCGACAUUGGUCAAGCCUCCUUCGAAUCGUUUCUGGAAUCCUAUUCUGAGAGUGUUAUGCGGCCCUGGUUCGAUUGCUGCAAGGACACCGUCGAUGUCAAUCAGAAGUCUGGCCCGUUUGAACGCGACGUAAAUGGGUAUCCGAUAUGGCCAGAAGGGUUGGAGAAUGAUCUCACGUUGGAGCGGCUUCGAGCAAUGCUCGCAGAGUUUGUUGAGGUGCAAUGGGCUUCAAGUUGGUCAUUUGAUGGCCAUCCUUUCCGCUGGGACAGUUCUGACAUGCAGGCCACGCUGGUCGACUCAAAUCUCCCCCUCUUGAAUCCGCAAACUUCGCCCUUGAAUUCGGUCUUUCAACUCCUGACCUUUAUCAAGGACAACCAGGCAACGACCCUCGCUGUUCAGCUAUUCAAAAAAUCCCCGACAUCAGUUUCGACAGGAGACCUGCAAACUUCCCCCGCCGGCACCAAAAGCCCGAUUUCAACGCCAUCGUCAAUACACCCGGAAACGACUGUUAGGAACAAGUCACCACCUACCUUGGCCACGACACACGCUAGAGCUUCGGCAACCACCAUGACCACCAGCCCACAAAUACUUCUGCCCGCCCCUGCGCUACCUACCACCCCGGCGAUGCACGCAGAAGUGACAGGGACUUUGCCAAACGCGGGAAAAAAUGCGUCACCACCCAUUGCCACUCCUGCCACACAGGCGACCAGCCCACCCAUGCCUGCCGCCACGGAUAUGACACAAGCCAUUUCAGCUGCAGACGAUAUGCCCCCAGCAGGCUCAGUUGUACCUGUAUAUGCCAAUACGACGAGCCCAUGCACCGCUUUGCCAUCUAGCAUCGCCGACUCGAUAGCGGCAGCUCUCCCCGGGCUUCUGUUGGCCCCGCCUUUCGCUCCAGCGCCGACAUCUGCGUCGGCAAUUGGUCUCUCGGUUGACGGUGGGGGGAAGAGGCGUCGAAAAAAGGGAGAUGAAGUCGGAGAGGGAGGCGGAACUAAAAAGCGUCGUACCGAAGUCCAAUUGACCCAGGAACCCAGGCGAAGCACGCGCAAGGUGCUUGCGUCUUCCACCCCCUCGACCUCUGUUGACGAGAAAUCCGAAGCAACACCAUCGACAGCGGCUACGACUGAUGCAGGAGACACUGGUCAGAAGGGCCACAAGAAGUCGAAGUUUUGGUACUAUGCUCAGAAGAUUGCCACGAACACUCCUUGGCUCUUGCGCUGCCCCCGACACCUCCCUCAAACCCCUAACUUGAACACCCUGCCCAAACGCUAUGUUCAAAUGCUUCAUUCAAAUGAUUGCUCAAACACCCAACCACUCCUUCGCUCCGACGACAUUCACCACCUCGUUUGA